CACCGUAAUAAGUGAAACGUCAAAUUUAUAUUUGUCAUAGAAACACACACAACAAAAAUUCAGAUCGAUGUGAAUUUCCUUUGACAUUGCCAAAUUAUAUUUUUCCCGUCCAGAAAAAUUGUGAAGUGAUUCUCAACAACAAUUUGACAAUGGAAGAGGCAGGUGCCGUGGAAAGCAAGGUAGAGGAUAAUUCACAGGAGAAAUUGCAGCCUGCUAAGAGCGAGGAGGCUCCCAUGAUGAAUGAUAAGCUUCAAGAUGUGACUGAAGUAAAAGACAAGAGCGAUAAAAGAGAUGUGGACAACAACAGUAAUACUGAUGUUAAGCAGGACAACGUGGAAAUUAAGCAUGAUGCGAAGGAGGAUGUUAAACAGAAUGAGAAGCGUAACACUUCAGCUGAAGCAGAGAAGGAAACGGCCAACACCAAUUACGGCUCCAAAACUUCAACCCGCGAAGGAUGCUCGAGAGUGGCGUCGAACGUAAGCUUCGCUGACAACGAGCCCCAGUACACGAAUUCGUACAUAUUCUCGGUGAACGGGGCGCCGUCGCGACGUUUGCGCCGCCCCAGUCCCGUCUCGAUGACCGGCCACGCCAGCUCCGUGAACAUGCUAAACACCAGCGAUGUGGUGCUGGUGUCGGCCGGCAGGCCGCAAACCGUCCGCAGGAACCCAGUCACCGGCACCGGCGUCAGUUCGACCGACGAACUCAGCUACCGUCCGAAAGGCAGGAUCAGCGCCCGACACCUCGAAUACGGCAACCUUCCCGACGUGGGGGCUCCGUUCGAGAAGAAAUCGGUGUCCGCACUGUCGCUCAAGCGGCCGAGCACGUGCUUCCGUAACCCGGUGACGGGCAUGGGCCUAAAUUCGAUCGACGAAAUCGCACCGCACAGACUCGGCAGCGCCGCGUCGAAGGACGGGAAUCCCCUCCUGGGAGUGGGUUACGAUGCCAAGCGGGUUAUCACCGAUCCGGUGCCCAGUGACAGAAUCCAUCCGGCCGGCUAUGUGCGUAAAGGAGUAAACAUGGCACAGAACAAUCGCAGGAUUCCGCCAGGUGGAUAUUCCACCAAGCUUUGGUAAAGAAACUAAGGAAUUUGAUAAAACAAAAAAAAAUUUUGGUGUAUUUAACUGCCUACAUGUUUUGAACUAAUGUUGUAAAUUAAUGUAGUAAGACUGAAAACGUUUCACAAAAGUAUAAUGUGUAAAACAGUUCAUUUUAUAAACCUUUUAUGUCAAAGGAAACUUCACAAUUUCAAAAUAUAAAAUAUGUACAUACCAUUACAAA